GAGAAGAAGAUAGGCUGUGCCACUCAAUCGUUGGAAUUUGUUUGCCCUCAAGAAAUUUUCCCAGGCCAGCCAUCCCGUAAGCGAUCCCUGCAAAGUGAGAUGGAUGCUUGGCAACAGAGCUGGAGGGAUACCCCUGUGCAGAUGGUACCUGGUGGAGCAGAGACUGAAGGCCCAGAUUUUAUGGAAGACUACAGGAAGAUUUUCCAAGAUGAUAUCAGUGACCUUGAUUCCUGGUUUCUGCCAGAAAAUGAAAUGGAGCAGCAGCUACCAAGCUGGGCCGGUGGAAGUUAUCUGGCUGAACUGGAAGGGUUUGACAAGGCAAUGCCAUUCCAUGAAUCCUUUGGCUUAAAAGGCUUUCCGGAGUACACCAAGACCAUCGUGGAACUCAAACAGGUUUCUUCUGAUUCAGAUUACAGGGAACAGUAUCACAGUGCUUCAAUAAUGGCCCUCCAACAAGACAGCAUCCCCCACAGCCUAGAGGGCUCCCCCUGCCUCCCACCAGCUCCUCAGCCUUGGCUUGCCCUGUAUCCUGACUCUCCUGGAGAACAGAUAUCUUCAGCUCAGCUUCCUCCUGGAGAUCAGCAAGAACAGCAGAAGGAAGAACAUUGGACUGAGACCCUCAGCCUUGACCCGGGCAGCCAAUCCAGCACCUUGGACAGCGAUUCUUGUCAAUGCGAUUCACCCGUCAGGAGCCAGAGAAAAAGAGAAUGUAGAGACAAGGCUGAUAGCAGGACCACCAAUCCUUUACCUAGAGAUCGGGCAGGGGCUGGACCCAUUCAACUGUGGCGCUUCCUGCUGGAGCUCCUCCAAGAUGGCUCCUGCCAAGCCUUCAUCCGCUGGACAGGGAACGACUGGGAGUUCAAGCUCUGUGACCCACAUGAGGUGGCCAGGCGCUGGGGCAAGCGCAAGAACAAGCCCCGCAUGACGUACGAGAAACUGAGCCGGGGGCUGCGCUAUUACUAUCACAAGAACAUCAUUCACAAGACUAGCGGCCAGCGCUACGUCUACCGCUUUGUCUGCGACAUCCAGGGUCUCUUGGCUGAACUGGGUAAGAAGCUGCAGGUUUAGCCUGCCGCUGUCUUAAAAGGAACCUUCACUCCUUACCCACCAAAACUCAGAAGAGCUCAGGAGAGAAAGCAGGACCGGCUCCCCGGUAGAAGAGUUCUGCCUCCUUUAAGCUAGCUCUAAAACAAGGAUGUGAGAAGUGCUGGCUGCGGGCUUCACGGGGGGCCCAGACCCUCUCCAGAUUGGGCAGGGCAAAACUAGUGGGUUUUUUUGGGGGGGGGGGGAUUCUUUUUGUGGGGUGGAUAGGUAAAAAUAAUCCUGAAAAAAAAAGGGUCCUGACCCUAGCUUCAGAGCAGGCAGGCAGGCAGGCAGGCGGCCAAUCACACCGGCCAAAGCAACAGGAUCACAAACAAGAAGUUUGGCCGAUGAACGUAUGGCUGAUUCUUCUCUCGAUUCAAGCAGAGAACGGCAAGAGCUGGCAGGAUUUGAUCAGCAUCAACUGUCUCGAUUCUCAUAGACAUUUUGGGGAGGGAGGACUACCAUUCUUAAGGUUAUCUGCUCGAUGGCCUCAACUCUUUUGAACUCCCUUCUGUCUGGCCCCUUCCCAAUUACUUUUAAGCAGGCCUUAAAUACGUUUCAAUCUGUGCCUUCAGGGAAGAUGAUGAGCUGGCUCUUGAGACGGUCACCGCUGUUUUUUAAAGGGCGUAAUCACUGUAUAUUGGUCUCAGUCAGGAAUCUUUGUAUGGAGUAGCUGGAAAAUGCAGACUUUGUUUUUAUUAUACUGAUUGUAAACUAUGUUAAUUCUGAAAGCUGGCAUAUGAAACCUGAAAUAAACUAAAAAACCAUCA